UUUUUUUUUUUUUUUUUUUUUUUUUUAAAUUAGACCAUCCAACCAAAACUCUUAUAAAUAAAAAGAUUUAGAAUACAUGAAAAAUAUAACCCAAGAAAAAAAAAAAAAAAAAGAGAGAGAAAAGAAAAAGGAGUUUGGCGGCAAAAACUUCUUCAUCUCUCCAAUGGCGAUUUCUUCACCAUUCUCAAACACACCAAAACCUUCUUCUUCUUCUUUCUCCAUAACCAUAAUCUCCACUCCAAAACCCCUCCUUUCAUGUCUAAACUACUCUCACCCCAAAACCCCAAAAAUCUCAAAAACCCAGAAACUCGCCAUUAAUGGACCUUCAGAGCUUUCAGGCCACGUCAGCAUCAGUGGUUCCAAGAACGAAUCUUUACCGAUUUUAGCAGCGACCCUUUGCUGUUGGGGCACAUCGAAGCUGACCAACGUGCCCAAUUUGUCGGAUACUAAAACAAUGGUGUCUGUUCUGAGGUCAGUGGGAGCUAAAGUUGAGAUUUUUAAUGAGGAAAUGUGGGUGAACUGUGAUGGGGUUGAGUGGGUUGAGCCUUGUUCGGAGGAAAUAAGGAAAAUACGAGGUGGGUUUUUUGUGAUCGGAGGUUUGGUUGGUCGGUUUGGUGGUGGUGUGGUUGCUUUGCCUGGUGGGUGUGAAAUUGGGGCUAGACCUGUUGAUCUUUAUGUUCGUGGCUUUAGGGCUCUUGGUGCUCUUGUUCACAUAAGGGAUGGGAAAUUUCAUGCAAAUGCUGCAAAUGGGAAAGGACUAGUUGGGGGAAGGUUCCAUCUUGAUUAUCCAAGUGUUGGAGCAACCGAAACUCUUUUAAUGGCGGCGUGUUUAGCCGAUGGAGUCACCGUACUUUCAAAUGCUGCAAAGGAACCCGAAGUGGUUGCUCUUGCUCGUUUUCUAAGCAAUGCCGGGGCUUGUAUCGAAGGAGCUGGAACUAACAAGAUUGUUAUCAAAGGAAAAUCUUGCUUACAUGGUUCUGAAUACAAAAUCUCCCCUGAUCGUAUUGAAACAGGCUCGUUUAUGCUCGCUGCUGCUAUAACUCGCUCGCGAAUCUCUAUUUCCCCUGUCAUUCCUUCCGAUCUGUCAUGUUUGAUCGAAAAAUUACGGGGUGCUGGCUGUACAAUCAGACAAUUGUCACAUGAUAGUUUGGAAGUUUCGGCUUUGUCUACAGAUGGUACCAACUUGAAAGGGUUUGACAUUAAGACAGGUCCAUUUCCUGCAUUUCCUACUGAUCUUCAACCUCAAACAAUGGCAUUGCUCACUACUUGUGAUGGAUUUAGUCUUGUAGAGGAAUGUGUUUUCGAAAAUCGAAUGAGUCAUGCAAAUGAGCUGGUCAAGCUUGGAGCAAGGAUUCAAGUUUGUGGAAGCACUGCUUUGGUUUCUGGAAAAGAUAAAAGAUUCUUGUCUGGUACUUCCCUUGUUGGAACAGAUUUAAGAGGUGGGGUGUCACUUGUAUUAGCAGGGUUGGCUGCAACCGGUACAACUGAGAUCGCCGGUGUUGAACAUAUCGAUCGGGGCUACGAAAAUUUGGUUUUGAAACUUCAAAAGCUUGGAGCUGAUGUCAAGAGAUUGAUACCUCUUUCUUGUCAAUCAUAGUGUUUGGAGUUUAAUGAGAAGUUUUUGGUGGGGUUUUGGAGAAGAAUUGAGUUUGAGAAUAUUGGUUUUUAGGCCAAAAAAAAGGCUUAAAAUUGCAUGGGACUUAAUGGCAAUAUAACAAGCUAAAAAAUUGAAGAAGAUCUCAAUUGAAAUUGGCUUAUGAAGAUUUCAUCAUAUUGUUUGGAGUUUAAUGAGAAAUUUUUGGUGGGGUUUUGGAGAAGAAUUGAGUUUUAGGCCAAAAAAAAGGCUUAAGAUUGCAUGGGACUUAAUGACAAUAUAUCAAGCUGAAUAAUUGAAUGUCUCUUUGGAAUUUGGAAAUUGGCUAUGAAGAUUUCAUUUGCAACCAAUAAUGAAAAAGUUAAGUAUGUUUCUCUUUCUUUAAA